AUGCCAGCAGUGCACAAAAGAGCAAAUGCAGAGGAUGUACAGAUAUCCAAGGAACCGGAAGAGAACAUCUAUUGCGUCUGUCGACAAAGCUAUUAUUAUGGUUUUAUGAUUGCAUGCGAUAAAUGCGAAGAGUGGUUCCAUGGAGAAUGCAUCGGAUUGGACCCAGACAACGGGAAUCGGUACGAUAACUUCUUCUGCGAAUGGUGUCUCCGCAAGGAUCCCCUCUUGAAGUGCACCUUCAAAAGCAAUCCACCAAAUCCCAUGGCGCAGGAGGUUACUUUUCCCGAAAUAGCCAAGAUUAUCCAGGCGGAGAGCUUCAUACAGCCACUGGUCACGAAGAAAACCAAUUUUCAAAAACCAGAAACCCCAAAGAAAUGUCGGGAGAAAAAAAAGGCCAUCAAAGCUGUAAAGAAAUUGGAAGUAGUCAAGAAAACAGAUCCAAAACCAGUUGAAAAACCAUUAGCAGUCGCCGAAAAAGUAGAUCCAAAACCGGUGGAUAGUGCCAAGAAAACAGAUCCGAAACCAGUCAACAAGUCUUACGAAUCGAGGGCAUCUCAAUGCAAUUUGUUCCGCGAGUUGGUGCAGCAAACUUCGAAUAAAUCAGGAAAUCUAAGCAAAAAGCGGGGCAUCUGCUUCGCUUUCUAUUGCAAUGAGAUCGCCCGACCGGAAUCUAGAUAUUGUUGCGACGACUGUGGCACUUUCACCGCCCUCACAAACGCCUUCGCCAUCGCUCUUUUUCUUAAUAUUAAUUUUAAUUUAUGUUAUCAAAAAAAUCAAAAGGUUCAGUCCAACUUGCUAGCAAAAAUUGAAUUGAAAAAAAAACAACAGAUGUCGAAUAAAAGUUCACAGCCAACUGAGACAGAAAUGAAGAUAGAACCUGAGGCAAAAAAAUCAAGGGACCAGCUGGGUUUAUCCUCCAGAAGAAAAUCGAUGUCUUCGCGAUAUCACAGUCCCAUUAAAUCCACAAAUAACCUUAGUAGUGGUAUUAGCCCAGCCAAGAAACCGAAGUUACAGGCGAAACCAACUCCAAUUAGAUCUGGGAGCUCCGAAAAGGCGUCUUCAGGAAAAAUAGAUACUUUGCCUCAUUGUGCGUCACCCAAGUCUUCUAGAUCUGUUAAAAAAAUGUCACAGACUGUACCCAAUAGUCCAAGCUAUUUACGAAAGACUUCUAUACAAAAAACACCUUCAAUUACAUCACAUCCCAGUACAGCCACAAAAGACACCUUUUCAAGCCAUCGAAAGUUAUCCUCAAAUGCUAAAGUUAAUACCGCUCAGGUUAAGACACCUUCUCAAUCGAAAACUACACACAUCAGUCGAAUGGCUACACCAGUCACAUCUCCCAAAAAACAGAAAUCAAUGCCUGUGACGACAACCCAAAGGAUUUCCAACAUAUCAACUAAUGGGGCGUUACAAUGCGAGCCAACAAAAGAAAGAAGAAAAUCGGUAGGCCACAUGGUAUCCCACCUGAUACCCAAGCAGAGCGCUUAUUUGGCCAGGAAGAGGAUGAUGAUGAAGCUAGCCGGAUGA